CCUCCCUUUCCCCAAAUACAGUCGAGGAAGCAAUUAGAGAAGAGAAGCUUAAGCCUGGAGUGACGAACAAGACAGGGCACUACUUGAUUUGAUUAGCAGCAAACUUUCAUCCCUUCCAAUUCAGAAUCCUCCUUCUGAAACCCAAUUCGCUACUCAUUCUAAGCUACCUCUCGAUUUCGGUCUCCGACGACGGUGAACUCGCCACGCUUCUCAAGCAAUGUCGAUUUUCGAGUACAAUGGUAGUGCCCUAGUGGCGAUGGUGGGCAAGAACUGCUUCGCCAUAGCUAGCGAUCGGCGAUUGGGUGUUCAGCUCCAGACCAUCGCCACCGAUUUCCAGCGAAUCUCCAAAGUCCACGACCGACUCUUCAUCGGCCUCUCUGGCCUGGCCACCGACGCCCAGACUUUGCAUCAGAGGCUUAUGUUUCGACAUAAGCUGUAUCAGCUGAGGGAAGAGAGGGACAUGAAGCCUGAGACUUUUGCCAGCCUUGUCUCCGCUCUGCUUUAUGAGAAAAGGUUUGGUCCUUAUUUCUGCCAACCUGUGAUUGCUGGAUUGAGUGAUGAUGACAAGCCAUUCAUAUGCACGACGGAUUCUAUUGGUGCUAAGGAACUGGCAAAAGAUUUCGUUGUCGCAGGAACAGCUGGAGACUCGCUUUAUGGUGCGUGUGAGGCCAUGUUCAAGCCUGACAUGGAACCCGAGGAGCUAUUUGAGACUUUGUCUCAAGCCCUUUUGGCUUCGGUGGACAGGGAUUGUCUUAGCGGAUGGGGAGGACAUAUCUACAUUGUCACUCCAACUGAAGUAAAAGAAUGCACGUUGAAGGGAAGGAUGGAUUGACCAAUUCUCUCAGUUGUAUGCAGCUCCAGAGGGCUCUCUGUUUUGGUGACAAAAACGUUUGGCCUUUGCACAAGUCUCAAUAUCAUCGGACCCUGGAUUCUUGGUUGAUCAGGGCUUAGGCUGUUUGGUACUGUAAAACUGAAAGUAUGUAUUUUUAGAGUUGGACCUGAGAUUUGUGGAACCUAAUCAGCUGCUUUCUUCUGCUACCUGAAAUGUGUUUAUGCUCUUUUUCAGUGCCCAUAGUAAUUGCGUCUUUCUUGGUUGAUACAUCGAACUUGCUCCGUGAAUCGUGAUUACAUGUCUGCAGUCUGCCAAACUAACUUCAAGUGACUACGUUUUUUUUUUUUUUAAUAGAAAUAAGUGACUUAUGUGACUGAAUAUAUUGACUGAUAC